GCUGUUUUGUGACGACUUGAAAAUGGCGGCGAGUGGCAGACCACAUUAACUUUAUCGGAUAAUAACACCAACGACAGCGAUUUAAAACGAGAAUACUCGCGUAUGGGAAUAAACUACGAGCGAACCCGGAACGUGAUAUCAGAGGUCUCAAGGACAACAACGGAGCUACUACAUCGUCUGACUUUUUCAACCGAAACGACGGAAAGUUCUUCCUAAAUAAUAGCUGCCGUUGAAUUUUAAACUUGGACGUUCCGUGCUCGUGAAAGCCAGUUAGCCAGCUACAUAGUUCGUUAUUUGGCAGGCGAGGUGUAAGACAACUUCUCCCAGUCUUAUCAGCCACAACGACAAUCACAAGGGACAUCAGUAGAUUGUGGGUUAGCUAAGAAACCUCACAGCUACCAUUCGUGUAAGCGGUCUGUACGUUAGCUAAAUACACCCUUCCCGUGUAGCUAGCUUCGAUAGCUAGCUAGGUUAAUCCAGCUGGCUAACGCGCUAACGACGUUAAGAACCAGCGAGCUGCUUCGUUCUCUCGACAUCGUUUUUGUGUGGCUUUUGCGAUGGUUCCUUUUAGUGCGGGAUAGCUAGCUAGCUUGUUAGCUAUAGUAGCUAGCUGGCGAGCUAAUUUAUAGACCAUUCAUUGUAUACAGUUAUAUAAUAAAGAUCUUAUAUUUUUAUAGAUUUUCAUUAUUUUUAUAACUGAUUUUUAUUUUGAGGUUGGUGGUAUGUUUAGUUUUGCGACUUAUGUUGCAAGGCUCCUUUCAGUUAACGAUAACUUAGCUAGCCAGCCUACGUGCUAAAAGGGUAUCUUCAGUCACGCUCUUAAUUUGUUAUUUCUUGCUAUGUUUAAUUUCAACAUAUAGCUAUAUAACACGUACUUGGAUAAUAUCGACAGUAAAUACUGGAUACUUUGAACAGUGAUUCGCCGUGGGGAGCGAAUCAGUCCGUUAUAAAGCCAAGUUACUGUCCAAAAUACGUUGAUCAUGGAAGACCGUCCUCGAUACAGCAAGCGAUUGCGCUCAGGCACGCGGCGGCGCUACCAGGAUGACGGCAUCUCGGACGACGAGAUUGAGGGCAAGCGGACGUUUGACCUGGAGGAGAAACUGAAGAGCGACCGGUUCAGCUCUGACCGGAUCAAGCGCAUGGAGGGGAAAGACUUCACCUUCGAGUACAUCCAGAGGGGUGGCCUGCGGGACCCCAUCAUCUUUGAGAAACCAGACGGACUGGGCAUCAAGAUGCCAGACCCAGACUUCAGUGUGAACGAUGUCAAGGUGUAUGUAGGCAGCCGCAGGGUGAUCGAUGUGAUGGACGUCACCACGCAGAAGGGUAUCGAGAUGUCGAUGGCUCAGUGGAGGCGGUACUACGAGACUCCGCCCGCCCAGCGGGAGAAGCUGUACAACGUGAUCAGCCUGGAGUUCAGCCACACCAAGCUGGAGAACCUGGUGCAGAGGCCCGCGUCGGUAGAUAUUAUCGACUGGGUGGACAACAUGUGGCCGCGACACCUUAAGGAGCGUCAGAGAGACUCUACCAACGCCAUCCUGGACAUGCAGUACCCCAAAGUGCAGAAGUACUGUCUGAUGAGUGUACAGGGCUGCUUCACGGACUUCCAUGUGGAUUUCGGCGGCACGUCGGUCUGGUACCACAUACUGCGUGGCGGCAAGGUGUUCUGGCUGAUCCCGCCCACGUCCCGGAAUCUGGACAUCUAUGAGAACUGGGUGUUGUCGGGGAAACAGGGUGACAUCUUCCUCGGAGACAAGGCCACAGACUGCCAGCGGAUCGAGCUGAAGCAGGGAUACACCUUCAUGAUCCCCUCAGGCUGGAUCCAUGCGGUCUACACUCCAGUGGACACACUGGUGUUUGGGGGGAACUUCCUGCACAGCUUCAACAUCCCUAUGCAGCUUCAUAUCUCCAGCAUCGAGGACCGAACACGGGUUCCAGCCAAGUUCCGCUACCCUUUCUACUACGAGAUGUGCUGGUACGUCCUGGAACGAUACCUGUACAGCCUGACCAACACCUCUCACCUCACCCCAGAGUUCCAGAAGCACUCGCUGGGCAUCGGCCUGAAGCGAGAGCCCUCUUCCUGUUCCAGGAAAAAGCUGAAUGGGCAUGUGAAGGAUGAGGAUGAUGAGGAGGAUGAUGAUGAUGAUGACGAUGGGGAUGAUGACGAGGAUGAGGACGAAGACGAAGAUGAGGAAUCAGAAGAACCAGCCUCCCCUCCUGCUAAGCCAGGGGUCAAAGUUCACCUGACGCCGUUUGAGCUGGAGGGGCUGUGGAACCUCCUGGGGAAGCUGGAGUCAUUACCGCCUCACAAGAAGUGUGUCCCUGCAGGCAUUCACAACGCCCCAGCACUGCUGCACGACAUACGGACCAUGCUGCAGGAGCAUGCCGGUGACAGCCCCAAACUGUCCUACACUGGAGUCCCCAUCAUCAGGUGGCCAAAGAGGCCCUCGUGGUACCAGCCCCCGCCGCCCCCCCCGCCCGUGGGCCGGCCGCGGCUCUCCAACACGGUGGUGCUGCCGCGGCCGGUGAAGCCGCCGUCCUCCAUGUCGGUGCUGCGGCGGCGGCGCGUGCGCUGCAAGCGCUGUGAGGCCUGCCUGCGCACGGAGUGCGGGGAGUGCAACUUCUGCAGGGACAUGAAGAAGUUUGGAGGCCCCGGCAAGCUCAAACAGACCUGCGUCCUCCGCCAGUGCCUCGCUCCGGGGUUGCCGCUCUCUGCAGCGUGUGAGGUGUGUGGGGAGGGAAACCCGGAGCCUGGGGAGGCCACAGCGUUCUCUCUGGCCCUGAUGGAGUGCUCCAACUGCGCUCAGAUCACCCACCCUGGCUGCCUGAAGGUGUCUGGGGAGGGUGUGGUCAAUAAGGACCUGCCCAGCUGCUGGGAGUGUCCGAAGUGUGUCCUGGGAAAAGACUCUGAAUCUGAGUCUUCGGACAGUGAGGACGACAGCGUCACCAGCUCCCUGUCCCCAGCCGCCCCGCCCUCGGAGGAGCACUCCCGCAGGGAGGUGGUGGGGGGUGGGGGCGGGGACGAGGGGGGAGGAGGGGGGGGCAGAGGGCGGGGGCGACGUGGGGGGGGCUCCUCUCUCUCGCCUGCGCCCCCCUCCUCCCACAGGCUGCUCCUGCACAACAGGAAGCGGGCGGGCGCCCUGGAGCUGCGGCUCCGCAAGAGGAUAAAAUUGGAGCGGACCAAGAUUUUACACGCAAAGAGGAAGUCCUCAUCGCUGGAUGGCCGCUCCGCUAAGCUGCACUGCGGCCGUGGGCAGGACGACGAGGACGAUGACGAUGACGACGACGACUCGGGCAGUGAGGACGAGGAGGGUGAGGGCGGGGGUCCCGGCGGGGCGCGGAGGCUGUCCCUGCGCCCCCGAGGAGCCCCCGGCCAGCGCGUGCGCCACCCGCGGGGGGCGGGGCCCGGGAGGCGGGGCCUGUGGAGAGGCUCCGCCCACCGCGUGGGCCGGGGGGGCGGGCUCUCCAGCGCGGCGCUGAGGCUGCGGCGGGGCGGGGGGCGGGGGGAGCGGGGCGGCCGCGUCCGGCUCCGGGGCGGCGGCCGCAUGCAGAGACGCCGGGACGACACGGACGACGACGACGACGACGACGACGAUGACGAAGAGGACGAUGAAGAUGAGGAGAGCGAGGACGGCCGCGUGCCGCGGCGGAGGGGUCGGGCCGAGGACCACGACCAGGACGACGACGACGACGAUGACGAAGAGGACAGCGACGAGCGGGACCUGGCCGGCCGGGGCGAGGGGCUGGGCGACGGCUCGGACGCGGACGCCGAGGGCCAGUCCGACUCGGACCCCGACCCGCCCGUGCUGCUGGUGUCCGACCUCAGCGACGACCUGCUGAACGGAUCCUACCUGACCGUGACCCUGCAGCGCCCCCCCAAGGCCAAGCGCCACCCCGGCUCCAUCGUGCCCAAGCUGGAGGCGGCCGUGUCGGCGCGCACGCCGCAGCCCCAGGGCUACGUGCAGCGGAAGACCCUCCAGAGGCCGCGGCAGAGGAACGGGAACGGGCUGGCCCAGCCCCGGCCUCAGGCCUCCCCCUCGCCCUCCUCCUCGCAGUCCUCCGUCUCCCCCACGCCGCCCCCGCCCGCCUCCUCCUGCUCCCCCCCCUGGCUCCUCUCCCUGCCCUCCUUCCGGGACGUGGGCAACGAGCCGGGCUGUGAGAAGGAGGUGUGGGUGUCCGUGUUCCGCUACCUGAGCCGUGCAGAGCUCUGCGUCUGCAUGACCGUCUGCAAGAGCUGGUACAAGUGGAGCUGUGAUAAGCGUCUGUGGACGCGGAUAGAUCUGAGCCGCUGCAGGUCCGUCAGCCCGCAGGCUCUGUCGGGGAUCACCAAGCGCCAGCCCGUCACUCUGGACCUGUCCUGGACCUCCAUCUCCAAGAAGCAGCUCUCCUGGCUCAUCAACCGCCUCCCAGGCCUGAAGGACCUGCUGGUUUCGGGGUGCUCCUGGUCGUCCAUCUCGGCCCUCAGUUCCACCAGCUGUCCCCUGCUGCGCACCCUGGACCUGCGCUGGGCCGAGGGGGUGAAGGACAGCCAGAUCCGCGACCUCAUCACCCCUCCAGGCUGUGAUAACCGCAGUAAGCUCAGGAACAUGCAGUCGUUCCGGCUGGCUGGGCUGGAGAUCAGCGACUCCACACUGAGGCUGAUCAUCAGACACAUGCCCCUGCUGGCGAGGCUGGACCUGGCACACUGCCGCGGCAUCACAGACCAGUCUGUCAAUCUACUGACCGCCGUGGGCUCCUCCACACGCAACACGCUCACCGAGAUCAACCUGGCCGGCUGUAACAGACUGACAGACGGCUGCCUGCUGUAUCUGCGGAGGCUGAGUGGUCUGACUCUGCUGGACCUGCGGGGCUGCAAGGGCGUGACACGCAGGGCCUGCGAGGGCUUCAUCUCAGAGCUGUCAAUCAACGCCCUCUUCUGCCUGUCAGAGGACAAGCUGGUGCAGAGGAUAUCCUAGACCCGCCCACCGGGGCCGGGCCCAACUGACUCUGGGGGAGGGGCGGGGCGUCUCUCAGGCCGAGACACAGAGCCACUGUGUCAGGUGAUGCUCAUUCAGCGCUUUUCACAAACGAGAGAGAGAGAGAGAGAGAAAGCAGCCGUGCAGAAUUAGUGUUUGUGGCCAGGUGUGGGAGCAGCAGACGGUGUGGUGAAAACAUUAAUAAGUUAAAUAAAAAAGGGGAAUUGGAGGAGAGGAAUGGAGAGAUGAGAGAGGGGAGGACGAGGGGCCCUGGUGCUAAAAGGGUGAGCGGCUAACGCCUCGUCCACGGCGGGCAGGUUGCUCUCCCCCUCUCUCUGGAGCCCUCUCUCUGGGGCCGUCUCUGGAGCCCUGUCUCUGGGGCCCUCUAUCUGGGGCCCUGUCCCUGGAGCCCUCUCUCUGGAGCCUUGUCUCUGGUCGGAGCUGUCCUGUUCCUCCCUAAAUCCAUACAGGAAUUGCUUUGUUUUUCAUAGCUUCUUUUACCGCUGUCUUCGUUAAAGAGUAACUUAUCUUCCAAUCCCCCCCUCCCCGGUCAGUCCUUUUUACAGAUACCUUUCUUUGUUCUUCCCAUCUGUCCCCAUAAUCUCAAAAAAGGAGCAACAAACCUUUCUGUAAAUUUGUCUCUUUCGCCCACCUAUACAGUGACAGACCCUGUAGCAUUACAGCAAUUAUUUUCUGAAACUUUUUUUGGGGGGGGUUUUCUGUUUUUUGUCAUUUGUGUUUUUCCAAGAAAAGAGAAAAUACAAUAAAAAAAAUCUCUUAAAAUUGAAA